AGGGCUUCACUCUGUAUUGUUUGUGAACUCUAGUGCAUGCCCAACGUGGGGGCCUCCCCGCAUCCUGAUGAUAAUAAUAAACACUUUACAUGGGAAGCCAAAUGGAAACAAUACGCGCCGGAAAAAGCAUUACUCGUAUCUGGUAGCAGUAUUACUAUUACUGCUGAUGUGCUUAUAAUAAAUUUAGGUUCCUUUGGUGGGCCCUUUGUUAUCUUCACUCUAACUCCAUUACGUAACGGGUUAACACUGGCUUCACAAGACCGAGUGUCAACUAUGGCAAGCUUGUAUCGGCGAUGUUUUAUACAUGGUUUUAGAAGUGGUUGGGUCGGAGGUCUCUGGCCUAGUAUUCCUGCCAUACCACAAUUCUGUGUGUUGGGGCCUAUGUACCAUAUUUAUGCAAGUUUUCUCGGUCAGAAAGCAGCCCUUGUUUGCACGGCUGUCACUGAAACUGCGAUAACCUAUGGGGCAAAUACGAGAAAUGCAGAAGUCGCCUACAAUCAUUAUGUCCCUCGAACGGAUCGCCUCACUAACCUAACCCCUGCCUACAAACCGAUCGGGCCUGGUGCCUUCAUGCACGCGACUCGGAACGCCUUGGGAAUGUGCGGAAUGCGUGUUUUUGCAGCGCCAUUGGAUGAACAUAUGCGCAAAGUUAUUCGGAACCCCCAGGCUUCUCGGAUGUUAUCGGAUUUCGUGGCAUCUUGUCUUAGUGGUGCUAUAUCCAUGCCAUUCAAUCAACUUUAUAAUUUUUUCGUCACGUCAAAGGAGGCUCGGGCGGCCACCCGUCUACAGCGAGUCUCCCUCGCCACUACUUACCUCAAAGGACAAUACCUCACUGUAGCUCCCGACGGCUCUGUCCGACCUAGUAGGAUCAUGCUUCGAGACAUGGGCAUGCGUUGUCUAUACGCUGGUACACUAUUUUGCAUUUACGCUACCAUUGAGAGGAACCUUGUAGAGAACUGGUCCUUCCUUUCUGAACGAUUCUCCUCUUGAGGUUGCUGA